AUGGUGGAGAAGGCUGCAGCGGUUGUGAAAGGCAUUGCCACAGGCUCCCUUUCUGGGGACGCCACGGACAGUAUUGCCGGUAUUGCUUGGAACUUUGACUCUUCAUCCGGAGGUGCUUCCCAAACGGACCUGGACCUGGGAAACGGCUUCACUUGUCACAACUGUUUCUUCGACUUGGGUGCAAGUGUGCACCUGGAGCUUAACAUUCAAGACUACAAGGUGGAGCAUUUGGUCAUGUACUUGGAAGGUGAUGCGAAGAUGCAGUACGACGUCAGCCUCCAACCUCAGUAUUUCCAUGCGAGCAACGAUACUGUCAUCUCCACACUAAAGUUGGAUGAGGUGCACUUCAGCAUCGCAGGCAUUCCCUUCGUCCUAGACACGACUGUGCCCAUCAGCUUGGGAUACGAUGCAGUUCUGGAGAUCGGACAGGAUGCCUCUGUGCGUGCUAUGGCAAGUAUCGACGGUUCGUGGAAGGGUGGUGUGGCUUACAGCAGCAAGGACAGCACCUUGCAUCAUAUCGACGAGAGGAAGUUCGAGCCUUCCGGAAAGCUGUCGGCCUCGGCCACUGCUGGCUUUCAAGUCCACUUGUUCCCACAGGUGGUUUUUCUGUGCGACCACCUGGGUGGACCCACUUUGGGCCUGAAGCCUUCGGUGGAUGUGGUGGUGGGCGCAGCGGUUGGCUCGGAGACUUGCCCUACCGACAGGGCUCUUCAGGCUGGCCUCUUUGCGCAGAUCCACUUUGGCCUUCAGGUGGCCUUAGGGGCGAAGAUCGACAUCGAGCUGGCGGGGGUUCCCGUCUGGAAGCGAUCGUGGCCGGCCUUGCUGUCCCACACCUUCAAGUGGCCAUUGCUCUCCUCUUGCGUGUCCUCUGAUGGACGUGGGGGCUUGGCCGCCACGCCCAGUUUGCUCCCGGCUGGGGCGCAGCCUUUGGCGACCGGUGUUGCCUUCACGGGCACCUUGAUGCCGGACACUUCCAGGGGUGUCUGCGCAAGGUACCCAGCCGUUCCCCUGACCGUGCAGCUGACCUCGGAGCAAGAUGCACAUCUGCUUUCGAAGCAGCCCAAACACGGAUUUGGGUUUCCCCCCCAAGAUGUUGUGUUUACCACAGCUCAGAAUGGAAAGUGGGCUUUUCCUUUGCCUGGCGAGAGGAACGAUGUCAACUACAACGCCUUCGGGAGCUUGCAGUUGGACUACCAGUGGUCAGGCGAUCAACUUGGGAGUGUUGUCGACCGGGCCUCCUGCCAAGCAGGAUCCGCGCAGAAAGCAUGCUAUACUUUCGUGUACGACAGCUCCCCGGACUUACCGCAGGUAGGUUUGCCAGCAUUCAUUUGGUUUGCAGACCUGUCUCCGGACAUGUCCGAGAUCACACUGCAGAAGCCUGAUGCGGGUUCCUGCUACCAUUAUCCCGUGUCCUUGAAAAGGACCCACGGCCAAAGGCGCUUCUCGUCACAUACUGACAGCGAAGCAGUCUACGUUUAA